CAUUGACGCCAGACGGCCCUGGUCUGGCCCACCCUGAACCCCCCCGUCGCUCAUAUGACGUUGCGGGCGAGGCCUGCCCAACGUUCGAUUCCCGACAAGCUCAAACCGCUGUAUCCUCGCUUCUGGCCACGCUCGCCUCUGCCCAAUCUCGCCCUCGCCGCCGACGCCGCAUUGGUUUUUGCUGCAUUCUUUGUCUGGUGUCCGCUGGUCGACGAGCGCCUCCCGUCGCUGCUCCCCAUGCUGAGCAAUCCUGCCUGGUCGGCGGCAACCAGACAGCGAUCCCCUCCCCCGACCGCCGCUCGCCAUUCCCCGCCCGUCCGCAGACAUGUCGACGGCGUCUAGGAGCUCGUGGAAGCCCUCGAGGCGCCUGAAAAGCCUCCAGGAUGGCGACCGCCGCCUCUCGAGGGCCGCCUCGCGCGCCGCCCAGCACCCCGUCACCGCAGACGAGGCCUACAGCUACGCACUUCGAAUAGCCUACCUGAACUACCUCCUGCAGCCCAAAAAGAAGCGCAAGGAAUACGUCAAGGUCCAGCGCCCGCAGUCCAGGGUCUACAACUCGAGCGUCGCGGAGCUGAUGAAGGAGCUCACGGGCAGCUCCAGCUCCAACGUCAAGCUGCCGCACAGCUUCCGUGCCUCCCUGGAGAAGAGGAUGGAGGGUGUGCUCAGGGGCAUCGAGAGGAUGCCCGGCUUCGGCGACGCUGCCGUAAAGCGCACCUUUGGCGAGGCAUACACGGCCUUCACCGCUCAGGACUUUCGCAAGACCAUUGACAAGGACCGCAAACUCGAGCCUCUGAUCCUCAUCUUCUACACCGCCGCGAGCAAGGCCCAGGGCCGCGCAAAGGCUCCCGAUGACCACACCUGGAAGGUCUUGGUGGAUAGACAUCUUGCCCUGUUCGUCAGACUCGUCAUAGCCAUCCUGCGCGACCACGGCAGCGACAAGGACAAGCCCGAGCUGUUCAAUCGCCUGACCACCCUCGAGAAGAAGCUCCUCACCAACGACCAGGACCUGUACCUCGACACGGGCCAGGAGGGGGAGCACAAGUUCGUCGAGGUCGACAUCCCCCACACGCACGAAGUCAAGGACAUGCCCAUGGUGCAGUUUGUCGCUACCAUCUUCGGUCGCGAUCUGGGUGCCGUCCAGGCCGACAUAGACACGAACCUCCCGCUCUGGACCGAGGAGAUGGCGCUGAAAGAUGUCAAGUCGUACCAGCACCGCCUGAACUCCAACAUGAACGGCGCGCUGCGGCGGCAGGAUUUUGACGUGGAUGAGGGCUACGAGGAGUGGAAGAAGGCCGAGGGACCUCUCCUUUCGCAGGUCAUGCUCGAAAUUCUCAAGGCAAGGCCUGAGCUCAGUAAGACCUCGACGGCUACACUCGAUAGCAAGCCAUUGCCCGGUCGGCCCCAGUCUUUCUACAGCGAAGACCAGGCAUAUGCGGACCUCGGGAGAAUGGUCACGAGCCCAGACAGCGUCAACACCUUCAGCUUCGACCAGGCCAUGACCCUCGGGUCCGUACCUACCGACGACACAUCCAGCAUACGAAGUGUCGAUGAGCCGCAUUACACCUUCAUUCCCCCCGAGCCGAGGGCGUACUACAAGAAAGUUGUCCACCAGACAAUCCUCCACGACGUCCAGCAUCCGAACCAGUCUGCCCCUUGCUUGACAAUGUCGGCGCAGUCCGAAGCACUCUUGGCCGAGCUGGCUGUGCACUGGAGGCUGCCACAGUUCAGUCGCCAGAUAGCGUUCCUCGAGGUCGUUACACACAAGUUCCUAGAAAAGGACCUGACGAUCGAGGAGCUUAGCUCGUCGUUUGACUUUGCUAAGGAGGUGGCGCCCGACACGAAGAAACCGCCACACAUACAAGAGUAUACCACCCGCCUCAUUGAUAUACCCCGGAGCCGGUGGUCUUUGCCGGACACGUCGGCCUACCAACAAAUGCUGCAUAAGCUCAACGAUGCGCUCCUGCGCGACUUGCUCGAGAUCCUCUCCCGCUGUUACGAACCCAAGGCGCCAUCGAUAGGCGCUGUUCUCGUGUUCUUGAUGAAUAAUGUUCACGGCGACGACGCCUUCUCGCAGCGCCCCGAAGAUGCAGAGGAGUACGCCCAGACCCUGACCGGGGAACUUCGCAAAGCAGCAGCCUCGACGUAUAGGUCGUAUGUGGAGGUGGAGCUACCCGAGAUACAAGAGGAAUGGGACUUCAGUCAUGUUGUCAAGCUGGGGCAAUGCGUGGUCGCCAUCUGCGAUAAGGUCCAGAAGCGAUACCGCAAAAACCCCCAGAUCCUCGGCGUGUCGCCGUUUGGCGCCCUGGUGGACACGAUAUUCCCGACGUUCGAGGAGGACGCAAGCGCGAUUAUUCAGCGCAUAAUAGAGGUGGCACGGGAGCGAAACGAAGAGGUGCAUGUGCAGGACGGGUUCGACCUCUACAAGGAGCUGGUAGAGAUUCGCAAGAUCCACGUCAGGUCGCUUCCCGGGAAGCCAUUUGCCUUCUCCAUCGAAGGCCUACUCGACGAGUUCGUGUGGCGAUGGAUCAAAUCGGCCGAGGAGAGAAUGCAGGACUUUGUCGAACAGGCAGUCAAACAGGACCAGUUCCAGGUCAGGUCCCACGGCCAGGACGCCAACUCUUCAGACGAGGAGCGUCACAGCGUGUCCAUCAUUGAUAUAUUCGCCAUGUUCAACCAGACGGUCGACCAGGUGUUCCAGCUGGGAUGGGACGACGACGUUCACCACGCCCGAUUCAUGACGGCCCUGUCUAGGGGAUUUGCGGCCGGCAUCGGGCGGUACUGUGAGCUCGUCGAGCAGAAAUUUUCCCGGGAGAUGGAUCGGCAGACGGCACAAGAGGCGGCAGCGGCGAGUAAAACUACACAGGAGCGGUUUAUGCAAUAUGCAAAGGAUGCUCUCAGCGCAAAGGAGAAGGUUGAGCCCUUCCAGUUCUAUCCAGAGUCUUUUGUCAAGUUGAACAACAUCGAGUAUGCCAUGCAGGCUCUCGACAAGCUCGAAAAAAUGGUGAACGCAGACGGGUGCGCCGACGUGCUGCAGAAGGCGGAUGGACCGGUGCAGCAUUUCCAGAAGUCGGCCAAGUACGUCUUCACCGUCAAGAUAGUCGAGGCCGAGGACCUCAAAGCGUGCGACCCCAACGGAACUAGUGAUCCGUACGUCGUGCUGUGUGACGAGUACCAGAAACGGCUCGCAAAGACUCGAAUUGUGAUGAGGAACCUCAACCCUCGCUGGGACGAGUCAGUCGAUAUCGACGUGCAGGGGCCACUCAACCUCAUUGCUACCAUUUGGGACUAUGACACCUUUGGCGACCACGACUUUGUCGGCCGUACCUCGCUCAAGCUGGACCCAAAGCAUUUUGCCGACUACCUGCCACGUGAGUUCUGGCUCGACCUAGACACCCAAGGAAGGCUGCUCAUCCGGGUCAGCAUGGAGGGCGAGAGGGACGACAUCCAGUUCUAUUUUGGCAAGGCCUUUCGGCAUCUGAAACGAACCGAGAGGGACAUGGUUCGCAAGGUGACGGACAAGCUUGUUACGCACAUCAACGCUUCUCUCUCGUACGAUACUCUGAAGAGCCUCCUCAACCGUGGCAUCGCUUCGUCGGUUGCGUCUCUGUGGCAAAAGCGGGCGCCCAGGGUGCCGCAGACAACACAGGAGGAUGUCGAGAACGCUUUGAAGCCGCUAUUCAGUUAUUUCGACGAAAACUUCUUCAUUAUGAAGCAGACCCUGACGAGUGCCACCAUGAUGGCAGUCAUGGCGCGCCUUUGGAAGGAGGUCUUGAUGGCGAUUGAGAGCAUACUCGUGCCGCCACUCUCGGACAAGCCUUCAAGCCAGAAGCCGCUCACCCAAGUCGAAAUGGACUUGGUUUUCAAGUGGCUUCAGAUGCUGUUCGAUUUCUUCAACGCCAAGGACGACGAGGGCCAGGCUCAAGGCGUACCGGCCGAAAUCCUCAAGUCGCCUAAGUGGCACGAGCUGGCUUCCCUCAACUUCUUUUACGUCGAGGACACGGACAACCUGAUACGGACGUCGGAGCGGAUGGUGGCGGCGACGGCGCAACGGCAGCAGCAGCAGAUGCAGGCGGCACAGGCGUCGAAUCGGCUGUCGGCGCCAGCAUCUCUAGGACCAUCACUGAGCGCGGCGUCGGCCGGACCUUCGUUUGCAAGCAUGGGGACGAUACGGCGGGGCAAGAGCAUCAUGAUGAGCCGGAACUUGGGCACGAUGCGGCGGGCUAAGGAGGAGAAGCGCAAGGAGGCGCAGGCAGAUCCGUCGGACGAUAUGAUACUGCGCAUCCUGCGCAUGCGCCCCGAGGCGGCCGGCUACCUGAAGGAGAGGCACCGGCAAAAGGAGCGCAUGGCGGCUCACCAGGCGGCAGCCAUGAUCGUUCGCCAGAGCGUCCAUCAAGGGUGGAGCGGCGCCGGUCCCGCGUUCGGGGGUGCACAGUACGCUAGGAACAACCUCCCCAGACGAUAGGCACACAAGCUCGGGCCAGGGUACACCCGCCAGCGGAGAGGCCCGGCCGCGCGGUCAUGUGGGCGAGGGACAGCCAUACAGACCUUUUCAAAUCCUCGGAGUGCGCGAGACUUGUGUGCCAAAGGCGCCAGCCACCUCGUAUGGCCCAGUGGAAUGACCUCAGAUCUCUCCUGCUGGGACAACACGACUAGUCCCGUCGCACCCGCUCUGGCAGCAUGUCGAUACGGGCAUUGGAGAUGAUGAUUUGCUGGCCCAAGGCAAAAUGAAGCCAUGACAGAGGCGCCAAACGGGGCAAAAUGGGGACUGCGGUUGGAAGCAGGUAACAAGGUUGGACAGGAUCGAUAUCCUUAUCUGCAUGUUCUUUAUAUUUCCACCCCUGACAAGAGCUGGAAUAAACCACGAGAUCGCACCGCUUCAGGUGCAGGUUGGCGGAUCACACAGCGAUCGAGGGUCCUUCAUUACACCAGCGUUUGAAAAUGGCCUGCCAUAUUGUUUUUCGGUAAUGGCGAUGCGAUCCAUACCUAGCUUAUAUGUCUAUUUUGAAAAGGAUUGGUCGAGAGGAGAUGAUCCGUCAUGUUAGAGCUCGAGACGAUCUCAACGCUUCAACGAGCCAUCAUGCACAUUGGCUAACUCGUAGCUUGCAACUGCCAAGUGGAGACUGUGUUACUGCGGUGAUUUGACUAGAUUCGAGAGGAAAGGAACACGAUGAGGAGGGAAAAAAGGAGGAAGCCGGGGAGGGAAAGCACCACCAUCCCAUCCAUCCAUCCAUCCAUCCAUCCAU